GAGUUCCGGGGCAAACUUCUGACCCAGAGGUGGACACAGGAAGACAAGACCAGCAGCUGCAGAACUGAGAAACAUUUCCUGUGCAGAUACAGCAAAAUGAGCUUAGAAAGUGAUGACAAGCGAGCCCGCACACGGUCCAAGACCCUCCGAGGACCCCCAGAAACUACAGGGGCAGACCUCAGCUGUCCUACCCCAGGAUGUACUGGUUCAGGACAUGUUCGGGGAAAGUACUCCAGACAUCGAAGCUUACAGAGUUGCCCUCUGGCCAAGAAGAGAAAACUGGAGGAUGCUGAGGCUGAGCACCUGGUAUCCAAAAGGAAGUCACACCCUCUGAGGCUGGCUCUGGAUGAAGGCUACCGAAUGGACAGUGAUGGCAGUGAGGAUGCCGAGGUGAAGGACGCCUCUGUUUCGGAUGAAUCAGAAGGACCCCUGGAGGAGGCGGAGGCUGAGAUGUCAGGACAGGAGGAGAUUCAUCACCCCCAGCCAGCUGAAGGAAAAAGCCUCAUCAAAUCCCAUUUUGGAUCCAACACCACAAGCAGCUCUUCUGGCUUCUCCAAAGGAAGCUACAGCAGCUACCAGGGAAUCAUCGCAACUUCCCUUCUAAAUCUGGGCCGAAUUGCUGAAGAGACCCUUGUGCAGGAGGAUUCAGUCCCAGUAGCUAAGUUGGGCCCCACUGUUGUUCAUCAGCUUCAGGAUGAGGCUGCAAUGGGGGCCAGCAAUGAUGAAGCUGAAAAGGACCUCUUUAUACAGCCAGAGGAUGUGGAAGAGGUCAUUGAAGUCACCAGUGAACGUUCCCAAGAGCCAUGCCCCCAGUCUCUGGAGGAUAUGGUUAGUGAAGAGUCAAACAAGCAGAAAGUUGUCCUAGGUCAUGAGGAGGAGGGAGAGGAUGAUGAGGAGGAUGAAGAAGAGGAGGAGGAGGAAGAGGAGGAAGGAGAAGAGGUAGAGGAGGAAGAGGAAGAGGAAGAAGAGGAGGAAGAAGAGGAGGAGGAAGAGGAAGAGGAAGAAGCAACUCCAAAUGUGAUCUUUGGGGAAAACACUCCCCCUACCUCUGCCCAGAAGUCUUCCCCUGAAUUCCGAGGCCCAGAGCUAUCCAGUCCCAAGCCUGAGUAUUCAGUCAUUGUGGAGGUCCGUUCUGAUGAUGACAAGGAUGACGACUCACAUUCCCAGAAGUCAGCAGUCACAGAUGAAUCAGAGAUGUAUGACAUGAUGACCCGUGGGAAUCUGGGCCUUCUGGAGCAGGCCAUUGCCCUGAAGGCUGAGCAGGUGCAUGCUGUCUGUGAGCCAGGCUGCCUGCCUGCUGAGCAGGGCCAUCUGGGCCCAGGAGAGCCAGGGAAGGUGGCAAAGCCCCUGGAUGUGGUGAGGAAGAGCUGCUACAGCAAAGAUCCUUCCAGGGUGGAGAAGCGUGAGAUCAAGUGUCCGACACCUGGCUGUGAUGGCACUGGGCAUGUUACUGGGUUGUAUCCUCAUCACCGUAGCCUGUCUGGCUGUCCCCACAAGGACAGAAUCCCUCCAGAGAUCUUGGCCAUGCAUGAAAAUGUGCUGAAGUGCCCCACGCCUGGCUGCACGGGCCAAGGCCAUGUGAACAGCAACCGCAAUACCCACAGAAGUUUGUCUGGGUGUCCCAUUGCUGCUGCUGAAAAAUUAGCCAAAUCUCAUGAGAAGCAGCAACUGCAGACAGGAGAUCCUCCCAAAAAUAACUCCAAUUCAGAUCGGAUCCUCAGGCCCAUGUGCUUUGUGAAGCAGCUUGAGGUUCCUCCUUAUGGGAGCUACCGACCCAAUGUGGCUCCCGCCACGCCCAGGGCCAACUUGGCCAAGGAGCUGGAGAAGUUCUCCAAAGUCACCUUUGACUACGCAAGUUUUGAUGCUCAGGUUUUUGGCAAACGUAUGCUUGCCCCAAAGAUUCAGACCAACGAAACCUCACCCAAAGCCUUCCAAUGCUUCGAUUACUCUCAUGAUGCUGAGGCUGCACACAUGGCUGCCACUGCCAUUCUGAACCUCUCCACUCGAUGCUGGGAGAUGCCAGAGAACCUCAGCACAAAGCCACAGGACCUCCCCAGCAAGGCUGUGGACAUUGAGGUAGAUGAAAAUGGAACUCUGGACUUGAGCAUGCAUAAACAUCGCAAGCGGGAAAGCAACACUUUUCCCAGCAGUGGCAGCUGCGGUAGCAGCCCUGGUGUCAAGUCUCCUGAUGUCUCUCAGCGCCAGAGCACUACCAGUGCCCCCAGCAGCUCCAUGACCUCACCCCAGUCCAGCCAGGCAUCCCGCCAGGAUGAGUGGGACCGUCCUCUAGACUACACCAAACCCAGUCGCCUUCGAGAGGAAGAGCCUGAGGAGUCAGAGCCAGCAGCACAUUCUUUUGCUUCUUCUGAAGCAGAUGAUCAGGAGGUGUCAGAAGAGAACUUUGAGGAGCGGAAGUACCCAGGGGAAGUCACCCUGACCAACUUUAAGCUGAAAUUUCUUUCCAAGGACAUAAAGAAGGAGCUUCUCACCUGUCCCACCCCUGGCUGUGAUGGCAGUGGUCAUAUCACCGGGAACUAUGCCUCCCAUCGCAGCCUCUCUGGUUGCCCUCUUGCUGACAAGAGCCUCAGAAACCUCAUGGCUGCCCACUCUGCUGACCUCAAGUGCCCCACACCUGGCUGCGAUGGCUCUGGCCACAUAACAGGGAACUAUGCCUCACACCGGAGUUUGUCAGGCUGCCCACGUGCCAAGAAGAGUGGACUCAAGGUGGCGCCUACCAAGGAUGACAAGGAGGACCCCGAGUUGAUGAAGUGCCCAGUUCCAGGCUGUGUGGGGCUCGGCCAUAUCAGUGGCAAAUAUGCCUCUCACAGGAGUGCUUCUGGCUGCCCGCUGGCUGCUCGGAGGCAGAAAGAGGGUACUCUCAAUGGUUCAUCUUUCUCCUGGAAGUCGCUGAAGAAUGAGGGCCCUACUUGCCCAACCCCAGGCUGUGACGGCUCUGGCCAUGCAAAUGGCAGUUUCCUCACCCACCGAAGUUUGUCUGGCUGUCCCAGAGCAACCUUUGCUGGAAAGAAAGGAAAACUCUCAGGUGAUGAGAUUCUCAGCCCAAAGUUCAAGACAAGUGAUGUGCUGGAGAAUGAUGAGGAGAUCAAGCAGCUAAAUCAGGAGAUACGAGACCUGAAUGAGUCCAAUUCGGAGAUGGAGGCUGCCAUGGUACAGCUGCAGUCCCAGAUCUCUUCCAUGGAGAAGAACUUGAAGAACAUUGAGGAGGAGAACAAGCUCAUUGAGGAGCAGAAUGAGGCCCUAUUUCUGGAAUUGUCCGGGCUGAGCCAGGCCCUCAUCCAAAGUCUUGCCAAUAUCCGCCUUCCACACAUGGAGCCAAUAUGUGAACAGAAUUUUGACGCCUAUGUGAACACCCUCACUGACAUGUACUCCAAUCAGGAUUGCUACCAGAACCCGGAGAACAAAGGCCUUCUGGAAACGAUCAAGCAAGCUGUGAGGGGCAUUCAGGUUUAG